AGCGGCCAGUCGCUUGUCUUUGUAAGGAGACCACAGAGCUGGAGAGCAGCUGUGCGCGGCGUCUCGCCUUGCUUACUUUUUAAGCAACCCCGAUGAAGUGCUCGUAGGGGAACACGCUGAUCCUGCCCGCAGCCUUUUUCGCAGGGCAGAGGAGCUGAUCAGUGUGUGUCAAGCGGAGAUCGCAUUUUUAUAUGAGAUCUUGACUUUUUUCUCUCUCUUCCCCCUCCUUUUUUUUCUUACAGUAUAUUUUUAUAGACUUUUGUUAUAUUGAAAAACAAAAAAACUCAACAUGGUGCUGGGGAAGGUGAAGAGUUUGACAAUAAGCUUUGACUGUCUUAAUGACAGCAACGUCCCCGUCUAUUCUAGCGGGGAUACAGUCUCAGGAAGGGUGAAUUUAGAAGUGACUGGGGAAAUUAGAGUCAAAUCGCUUAAAAUCCAUGCAAGAGGACAUGCAAAAGUACGCUGGACUGAAUCUAGAAAUGCUGGAUCAAACACUGCCUACACACAGAAUUACACUGAAGAAGUAGAAUAUUUUAACCAUAAAGAUAUCUUAAUUGGACACGAAAGAGAUGAUGACAAUUCUGAAGAAGGCCUCCACAUCAUUCAUUCAGGACGGCACGAAUAUGCAUUCAGCUUUGAGCUUCCACAGACACCACUUGCUACCUCAUUUGAAGGCAGACAUGGCAGUGUGCGCUAUUGGGUGAAAGCAGAAUUGCACAGGCCUUGGCUUCUACCAGUAAAAUUAAAGAAGGAAUUUACAGUCUUUGAACAUAUAGAUAUCAACACUCCUUCAUUACUGUCACCCCAAGCAGGCACAAAAGAAAAGACUCUCUGUUGCUGGUUUUGUACCUCAGGCCCAAUAUCCUUAAGUGCCAAAAUCGAAAGGAAGGGCUAUACCCCAGGUGAAUCAAUUCAGAUCUUCGCAGAGAUUGAGAACUGUUCCUCCCGGAUGGUGGUGCCAAAAGCUGCCAUUUAUCAAACACAGGCAUUCUAUGCGAAAGGGAAAAUGAAGGAAGUAAAGCAGCUUGUUGCCAACUUGCGUGGGGAAUCCCUGUCGUCAGGGAAGACAGAAACCUGGAAUGGGAAGCAGUUAAAAAUUCCACCCGUCUCUCCCUCCAUCCUUGAUUGCAGUAUAAUCCGCGUGGAAUAUUCUCUAAUGGUAUACGUGGAUAUUCCAGGUGCAAUGGACUUAUUUCUUAAUUUACCACUUGUCAUUGGUACUAUCCCUUUACACCCGUUUGGCAGCAGAACUUCAAGUGUGAGCAGCCAGUGUAGCAUGAACAUGAAUUGGCUUGGUCUGACACUGCCUGAAAGACCAGAAGCACCUCCUAGCUAUGCAGAAGUGGUCACAGAGGAGCAGAGGCAGUCCAGCCUAGCACCUGUAGCUGCUUGCGAUGACUUUGAAAGAGCACUUCAAGGACCAUUAUUCGCCUAUAUCCAGGAGUUCCGAUUUCUGCCUCCUCCACUCUAUUCUGAGAUUGAUCCAAACCCAGAUCAGCCCUCAGAUGACAGGCCAUCCUGCCCCUCUCGCUGAAGGAAUGCCUCAUAAGAAGAGUUGACUUGGGUCUGAGAUGUAUUUUCGCCGUGUUGCGGAUAAAGGUGUCCUACGGAGACAACACAUUAAAAGGAAGUUCUUGCAUAAAAGAAAAGGUGAAAUACUGAAACAACCUGUGAUUAUGCUUUUGAAGCCUACAGCAAACAUCAUAGGACUGCUCCUCAUGCUUGAAGAUCUGAGCUUUUCCUCCCUGUUGUAUACUGGCACAUACUAAGAGCAGCCUUAAUAGCCUACACUCAUGUGUCAAAACACUCACCGUGUAAGAGGGACGACAUCCUCUUUUGAUUUGAAAAUUUGCACAUGCUCAAUGCUUAUGUUGUGCGGUUCGGUGUCACUACAGCUUUUUCUCAUUUAUGUUAGACUGUUGUUACCCCCUUCUUAACUUGUUUGUGGUCCGCACAACAAGGAGCAAAAGAAAGCUUUGAAAACUUUACGAUGACAAAUGCACUGACUUUUUUUAUUUAGAAAAACAAACAAUAUAGUCUGGACUUUUCCUGCAUAUGCACAUGCUCAGAAUUGUCCUAAUAAGACUGAUCCAUGUAUCACUUCUUCAGCUUGGAUCCUGCUGUGGAUUUAUUAUAAACAUCAAUGCCUUCAAGCCAAUCCUUGCUGUAUGUUUUGCAGCCUACUGUAGUAGAUAAGCAACAGAUAUGCGGGGGGGAAAUAACCGAAGAAAACCAAUAGGAGUCUUCGUCAAGAUUGUAUACCUUCUUGAUUCCUUUUAAGAAUUUGUUGCCUUUCUACUAUUACCACAAAGAAGAAUUUUGUUACAGACUGCCUAAAAAUCACUUAAUCUCAGGUGAACUCAUCACUUGCCAAAACGUUGAAAUGCUAUUUGUGUUUUAUGUUGCACUGUUGAAUUUCCCCCCCUUCCUGUUUUCGUUACUUUUUUGUUUGGUUUGGAAAGGGGGACUUGGAAAAGGGACAUACACAAAGGAGCUCAUCCUCAUUUCUUAUUAUCUUUCCAAAACAUGAGACAUGAUGAAGAAGGGCUUGGUCAAGUUACGGUGUUUCUUUUUAGAUGAGCCACAAAAGUUAGCACCCAACAUCUGUCAGCCAAGAGUUACUGGAGAAAAGUUGUGUAGAAUUAAUAUCGUGGUUCACAUAGGAGUUUCUCGACCAGUGAGAUGGGAUGGGGGAAAUGAAUUUAUUUUUAUAUGUAGUUAUCCCAUGACCACAAACUUGUGUAAAAUAUUUGUACUGAAUUUUUAGUUGGGAUGGGAGGGAGUCUUUUCUCAAAUGAACAAUGUAUUUUAAAGGAUAGAAAGGGGAUCCUUUUGGAAAAGAUUUCCCAAGGACUGCCACUCUCUCCAAGAGUGAAGAAUUAUACUAGUAAAAUUAGUAACUAGAAUUGCUUUGACGACAUAAUUCAGAGCGAUGUUCAGUGCAGAUUACAAAUAAUAAACUGGUGGAUGAUGGGUGUGAGAGGCUCUUGACACAAAUGCUAGUAUUUUAGCAUUAAAGAUAUACUUUGACACACAACUGUCCUCUUCAGGACAAACUCACGAUUGAUUUAUUUUAUUUUAUUUUUACCAAAAGCAGCCUUCCUGAUGUUCAGAUUUACAGUAGUAUGGCUCCUGCAUUAAGGCCCUAUGCUUUAUAACCAUUGUUGAAGCUUCAUAGCAUAACAAACAGGACAGGUUUUUCCAUAAGUGGCCUUUCAGAAAACAUGGACAACAAUUCAUGUUUGAACAAUAACAGGGUGAAGAAAGAAAAAAACCCAGUAUAAAAUGAGUCGCGUUUUAAGUGAUUCACUUAAAAGAGUUUGGCCUUCAGCAAGCAAACUUCAUAUACUGGGUAAUAAGGAAACUGAGUGAUGGAACUUUUUUAAACAACUGUGCUAAGCAAUUUUGUGAAUGUCCCUCUUCUACAGACAAUUUUGAGAAUAUUUUUGAUGGGAUAGUGACAUAAAAGGGCAUUUGGUGGUUUUCUUCUUCCUUUUUCCUUUGCUGUUUCAACCAACUAGGGAACAAUUGCUGUUAUGCAUAGCAUUACAUUUAUCACAGUAUGAUGGAAAUUUCCAUAUGAAGCAGGAUUGACCAAUAUUGUAGUAAUUGGCAUUGCAUCACAUUAAUUUUGUGAUCAGGUUUAAAGUUGUGAACACUAUUAAAUAAAAAUUGUUUUUACAAAAAAAAAUCUCAACACAUGUGGCAUUACUGUUAUUUUGAUUUCAUAAAAUAUUGGUCAAUUUCUGGACAUUGUAAAAUAUGAGGUUCUGAGCUGUAGUCCAGUCUUCAAAAUCUCCCUAAUUUUUUAAAA